UGCGAUCACAGACAAAUGGCUGACAGCAAUUGCAUUUAUGUGAACAAAAUUAUGCACGAAAUCAACGAACUUACUCAUAUUGUUUCCGAUGUAACGUCUGAUCCAACUUUACCCAGGUCUGAAGAUCAUCCCUGUCCAAAAUGUAAACACCGAGAAUCAGUAUUUUUCCAAGCUCAAACUAGACGUGCAGAGGUAUAUCUUAUACUAGGAAUUUUAUUUUAUUUAAUUCUUAAUUUGGUUAUUUUUAGAUUCUGAGUGGAA